ACAGUGCGUUAACAGUGUCGGCAAACGUCCAACAAUGUCAAUGGGCAAAUAAUCGCGCGCGCUAUUGUCCAUCCGAAAGGGAAAAAGAAACAAAAAAAAAAAACUUACAGAACAGACAAUUAUUGCCAAUAAUAAUUCUGUACUUUAAUCGGAAAUAAACUCAAGUAAUUCAAUAAAAGAAAAAAAAAAAAAAAGAAAACGCCCACCAUUGCCAACAUUGUAGACGGAAAAGUUUUGUUGACGAUCUUUCUUUCUUUCUUCCCUUGCGUUCGAUGGGAAAUAGAAGAAAACUUGAAAAGAAUUGAAUAUUGAUUCGAUUCCCCAGAAAUCGCAAUCGCAGCACACCUAUCUACCCAUCUAUACAGCAGACGAGGCAGACAGGCCCAAGGAAUUCCAAGUGUUAUGAAUAUUUAAUAACGAUAAAGAAACUCAAUUGAUGCCUGCUGAUAUCUUAGCUCAAAAGCAACUUCCACUUAAGUAGACAAACUUUGACGAUGCGCCAAACAACACUUACGCUAAGAAAUAACAACAACUACGAGUACUUGGAAAUGGAAACUUCCACAUAAUCCACUGGAAAACUUUUACUUUAGCCUAAACCAAAGAACAACAAUAGCAAAUAAAAUACACAAAAAAAUGCAUCAAGUGCUUAGUUAUGAAACUGCAGUGCGCGCCAACACUUCCUCCGAGUAUCGGGAGUACGUCACGAAAAGAACCUGUAUUAGCUUGGUACUGACAAUAGCGUUCUUUACGCUGAUAUCCGGUUAUCUACUAGGUAACUUUGUAUCGGAACGCAAAAACCACAUUCGCAUGAUGCUAACCAAGAAGGCGCCGAACACCGCCUCAGAGGCCAGCUCACCGAAUACCAUCGACAUCUCAAGUACUGAUUACAUGAAUUUACAGGAAUUGCAUGCCUACCAAAAGAUAAAAUCGAAACUGCUGGCCUCCGCUCAAAAUCUAAGUAAAUUGCAGCAGGGUGAGGAAACCUAUCGCUCAAAACCCAUAAACACAGAUAUUUUCAACCGAUACAUAUCAUGUACCCAAGAUGUUCCAUACAAUACCACCAACGAACUGAGCCAAUUCAUUGAACAGCUUAUCGAUAAUACAUCGGCACGCCAGAAGGAGUGUAUGCGCCGAAUACAGGCGAUUAUCGAUCAUAAUUUGACCACUUUCUAAUAGGUGUUAUUAGAGAAGUCUUCGAGAAAAACCUAAACAACAAAGAUAGUUAUUUUAAAAAGGGCCAAAUCCGUUUUUACCUGCUUAGAAUUAUUUUCAUAAACUAGAUGCUGGUUUUAUGUUGAAACAUAGAGAAGACAAAGCCAACAUACAACUCACAGAAGAUUACUUAGUAUUAUAAAAAGGAAAUAUACACUCAAAGAAAACACUUUUAUCAGUAUAACAGUAUUGCCAGCUGUAUAAUGGAACAAACGAAGAGUCGUAAGGAAAAUAAAUAUACAGACUUAAAUUCCUUAUUU